GACAGGUUAUCCCUAGGGGUGGGGAAGCAGAGGCCCGGGAAGCGGGGGGUGGGCGAAAGAAGGUGGAGGAUCCUGCCUGCUGCUCAGAAUCCAAUACGGAUCCUCCUAGACCCCAGAAACACAGAACAAGGGAAGGGUGUCUCAUCCUCCUUCCUCCACUUCUCCCUUUCCUCAGCCUUAGCCAUGGCCGAGGCAGGGACUGGGCUGAGUGAGACCGUCACUGAGACAACGGUUACCGUGACAACUGAGCCCGAAAACCGGAGCCUAACCAUCAAACUUCGGAAACGGAAGCCAGAGAAAAAGGUGGAAUGGACGAGUGACACUGUGGACAACGAACACAUGGGGCGCCGUUCAUCAAAAUGCUGCUGUAUUUAUGAGAAACCUCGGGCCUUUGGUGAGAGCUCUACGGAGAGUGAUGAGGAGCAAGAGGAGGGCUGUGGUCAUACACACUGUGUACGGGGCCACCGCAAAGGACGGAGUCGUGCAACCCCUGGACCGAGCCCUACCACCACUCCCCAGCCUCCUGACCCAUCUCAGCCUCCUCCAGGGCCAAUGCAGCACUAAAUUCCUCUCUCCCCCACCAUUCCUGUGUCUCUCUGUCUAUCUGACCCUGAAUGUAUUCAUGUGGCUACUUGGGGACAAAACCCAUGGUUUGAUCAUUCUCCAGUCCCCCCUCCCCUCUCCCCUGCCUGAUAGAGGGAAGAAGGAGAUGAGGGUGGACAAAGAUGCUGGAAUUCUGAUUUGCUGCUAUUCUAGCAUCCAAGCUUCUGGGUUCCCCCAGCCCCCAUGCCCCCAUUCCUAUCCUCCUUUCUCCAGGGAUCCAGGCACCUUGGUCCCAGUCUCUUCCCUUAGUUCUCACUGCCAAACUGCCUGUCCUGGGAUCCAGUUAUCUUUGCCCCCUGCACUCUGUACUUGAGUCUCAAACUCUGCUAUUGGGUUUCCAACAGCCCCAGCUUUCACUGCCAGGGUCCCAGACAGAUUCCAGGCAAUCUUGCCCCAGCUAUGCUUUAUUGAUCCUGGCUUAGAGCUCUUCUGCUAAUGUAUUUAUAUAGUCCAAACUCAUAGUCCUUGCCUGUGGUAUGUGAGGUAUUAUGGAGGGACUCUCAGCUCUUCUGCUCCACUCCUGCCCACUUCUCUUAUGCCCUUAAGGGGAGGUAGGAGAAAGGUAUUUGCCAUUCUUAUCUUUAAUGGAAAAUGAAAAAGAAACAGUCAUGUUGUAUCUCCUCGCCCUUCUCAUGUGAUCUAGGAUUUCUGGCAAAGCUGGCUUCCAGAGUGGUUACUUAGACCAACUAUCUUCUCAGCCUUGGGUUUUCCAGCUUCAGAGACAAAUCCAACAUAGUCCCAGGUAGAGGCAGCAAAAGGCAGGGAAGAGAUGGAGUAUGUCCCCUACAUUAUAGUCUCACCCCUUCCUUCCUAGGCUUU